AUGGGACACAUGAGCUACCCCUCCCAGAUGGACAGCCCCUCCAGGCAACUCGUCCUGGAUUUAGCACGGGACCUUGAACAGCUCCGCAUGCACAACACCGAGUUGAAGAAGGUCAAAGCCUACGAACGCCGAUCCUUUUAUGAGAAUCUUGACCGAAUCGAUAGCGAACUUGAGGCCCAGCACAAUGCGGCCCUUGACAAAGCUGCCGCUCUGCAUGAUCGCGUACUGGUGGAGGCCGAGGAGACGUUGCGCGCACACCAGAGAGCGGUAGAGGAGGAGCUCCGUCGAAGAGAGGAGGAGGCACGGAAAGAAGCGGAACGCAUAGAACGAGAGAAGGCAGAGAAACUACGGCGAGAGCAGGAGGAGACUGCACGGCAGAACCGCAAGCGUCAGGAGGAGACACGGAAGGCAGAGCAGGAGGCCUCCCAACGCCAAGCGGAAGCCGCACAGAAGGCACAGGCGGAGCGACAGCGGCAGGUUGGAGGCGCCCGUCUUACGGACGAAGAAAUCAAGAUCCAGGCCCGCUACGUGGAAUUACAUCAACAUCUUAAGAAAUUCCGGCAAUACUUGAAGAACGAAGCGAAAACCAAUGCCAUUGUCAAGCAGAACAUGGGCGAUAUGCGGCGAACGAUCAAGAAGUGUGUUGGACAACUACGUGAAGGCAAGGGAGCGAACAAAACCCAGCUUCAAGAGAUUCGAACUACGCUGGAGAAAGCUGCCUCCAUUGCUGAACCGUCGGUGGAUGUUCGCCAGUUCAUCGCUUUCCCGCCCGAGAAUAUUGCCAAUUCCGACGAUAACAAGGUGCCUGCCCUUUUAAUUUACGCCUUGAACAUCUUUUCCAAGUGCAUGAUUUCUUCCCUCAUCACGGAGGCGUCCAUCAACCUGGGCCAUGCGGAGCCGGUCGGGAUUGUCGCGGCCCAGAUAUUCUCCGCCGAUGCCUUCAUCUACAAGGGCUGCCACAUGGUCGACAUUCUAUUGGCCAAGUACCGUGUCGUUUGCCCAGCGCUGUGGGGAUUCCAUGGCAGUGAGAAGACCGAGGGUGGCCGCCGUGCCCUGGGUUGGUGGCGCGAAGGGCCGGACGGGCCGUACAUCAGCGAACAGGCCCACGCUGACCGAAUGACAGCUCUAGGCGCGGGUUAUGCGGCCUUGACCCUGCGCAAUUUUGGCAAAACCGCGCGCAAGAACCCUUUCCCCAACACCAUGUUUUGGUAUACCAUGCACAAAAUCCUGAAUAUUCCGCCGGCAGAGAUCCAGGAUACCCAUGUUACCCUCCUUUCGGCUAUGCUGAAAUCGUCGGCCGAAAGAAUUGUUGGUUUCUUCGGGCAUAUCGGACUGGCGCUGAUGAGGAAGGCUAUCGUCGAAUUGCCCGACAGCUUGCCCCGGCAGAGCAUGAGCGUUAACCAACUCAAGCUCCUCAAGGAUUUGUAUAAACGGGAGAAGAACAUUUUGCUGUGA